UUUCUCUUCUCCAGCGCCAAUGGACAUCGACUCGCCCCCCUCAAACUCCAUCCCAGACAUCCUCCAGCCAGAUCCCCACUCCCACAUCCUCCUCCCCUCCUUCUCCGCCUCCUUCCCCUUACCCUUCCGCGUCCUCUUCCUCGUCGGCCUCGCAACCCUGCUGUGGGCAGUCAACCUCCAUGUCCUCUCCGCCAUCGGCAUAGACAUGAGCUGGGUCCUCGACCUGAGGGAUGAUCCGGGAGGAGGAGAUAUAUCCCUAGAGGAAAGUGAUGAUGGCGGCGAGCUUGCGGAACAGGGUAUGCAUCUGGAAAUCUCCCCUCGACUGCAGCAGCUUGGAAACAUCACCACCACCACCACCUCUCUCAAUGAACCCGAUACGCCUAUCCGCCCUACAAAUACACGGAUCGUGAGACCAUCGGCUAACAAGCUGCACGGACCGAUGUACAAAUUGUUUCUCAUGUACUGCGCCUGGGUCGGGACGGCAUGGGUGCUUUUUAGGUAUUUGAGCGGCGAUGAAGAAGAAGCCAUGGAGAGGUGGAGAGUGAUUCCUGGUUUGGCAAUGGUGGGUGUUGUGGCUGGUGUGGCGGUACCGUGGAGAGGUGUAGUGGAGAGGGAACGGGCCGGGUUUAGAAGAGCGAUCAAGAGGAUAUUACUGCCUCAUAUCAAUGAUCCUGUCCAUUUUUCAGAUGUCAUCCUCGCCGAUAUCCUCACGUCGUUUGCCAAAGUGCUUGGUGACUUGUGGAUCUCCGCUAUCCAAAUCUGGAGCGGUGGGAUCACCCAGGGUCGUGUCAGUCAAAGAGGAUGGAGCAACUAUAUAACGUUGCUCAUGGUAAGUUUGCCAUACAUGCUGCGAUUCCGUCAAUGUCUUUUGGAAUACUAUCAAUCCUCAUGGCAAUCCCCGCGUCCCCUUGCCAACGCUCUCAAGUACUUUUCCGCGUUUCCCGUCAUUUUCCUCUCCGCUCUACAAAAAUCCGUCGUGUCAGAUAUCGCCAGUCAAAAGGGCAUCUCUGUUCAAGAACUCACCGAGCGACAUGAUCGAUGGUUUGGAGAGCACCGAUUGUUCAGACUGUGGCUUCUCGCCGUCUGUGUCAAUUCAAUGUACAGCUUCUGGUGGGAUGUGGAGAUGGACUGGGGAUUAGCGCUGUGCGAGGCGGACACCUGGUUGGGAGCCAAAAAGGAAGGCGGUGGGAGGCAUGAAGGGUGGAUAGAGAGGAUGAAAAAGAUGUUGCGCAAACGGAGGGAUACGGGCCAUCAUCAACGGUCUCCUUGUCCUACCCCAUCACCAUUUGUCACCUCACCCUCCAUCUCACCUACACGCGGAUCCUCCCGCCCAGCUAAGCCGUUCUUUGCAUUCGGCCUGCGCCCAACUCUUCUCCUCCCCGACCCCGUUAUCUACCAUCUGUUCACCAUCAUCGAUCUCAUACUUCGAUUCACAUGGUCGCUCAAGCUCUCUAAUCGUUUACAUACUAUCAGUGAGAUUGAAAGUGGAGUGUUCUUGAUGGAGACGCUCGAGUUGUUGAGGAGGUGGAUGUGGGUGUUUAUCAGAGCAGAGUGGGAGGCGGUUAAGAUGAAAGAACAUAGGUGGGGAAGGGGAAAGCUUGUCUGGGAGGAGGAGGAGCAAUGAAAAUGGUUUUGGUUUGUUUGUGGGAGGGUUUGAUUGGCAUAAGCACUGGAUAAGGAUGUAGUGUUGUUGUGUAGAUACAUAUAGAUUUUCUGAUUUCCACAGCAUCUUUUUUAACACUGAUUAUGAUAUUGCAUGGGUUUUAAUAGUACAACAUGUGUAAUU